CAAAUUUUCAUUCCCGUGCUGCAAACUACCUCCGAUUUCCUUGUGAAGAAAAAAAUGGAGUUCAUGGACGUUUUCGUCGUUGGUUUGGCACUUAUUUUAAUCCGUCUGUGGUGGCGGCGUUGGUCGGUCACUGGUUGCAAACGUAAGAACCUUCCCCCCGGACCGCCUGGUUGGCCGUUAGUUGGAAAUUUGAUUCAGAUCAUCCUUCAACGUCGACAUUACGUCUUCAUAGUCGGCGAGUUACGUAAAUUGUACGGAUCGAUCUUCACCUUGCAAAUGGGGCAACGUACCAUGGUGAUCGUUACGGAUUCCAAACUCAUCCAUGAAGCCCUGGUUCAGAAAGGCCCUGCUUUCGCUUCCCGACCACCGGACUCGCCGAUUCGGCUCGUGUUUAGUGUCGGUAAAUGUGCUAUCAACUCCGCCGAGUACGGACCUCUAUGGCGAACCCUACGGAAGAAUAUGGUCACCGAGCUGAUUACCCCUACGAGAGUGAAGCAAUGCGGUUGGAUCCGAAAAUGGGCGAUUGAAAACCACAUGGAGAGGAUCAAAAGCGAGUGUUUUGAGAAAGGGUUCGUUGAGGUAAUGAGCAAUUGCAGGCUCACUAUAUGUAGCAUCUUAAUUUGUUUAUGCUUUGGUGCAAAGGUCUCCGAGGAACGUAUCAAGAAAAUCGAGAGCAUACUCAAAGAUGUAAUGCUUGUAACCUCGCCGCAGCUACCGGAUUUCUUGCCGAUCCUUACGCCGUUGUUUCGACGGCAAAUGAAAGAAGCUAAAGCAUUGAGAAAGAGGCAAAUUGAGUGCUUGGCUCCUUUGAUAAAUAACCGAAGAGCUUUCGUCGAGAAAGGCGAAAACCCUAACCAAGAAAUGGUGAGUCCGAUCGGUGCAGCCUAUAUCGACUCACUCUUCGGACUUGAGCCAGCAACCCGAGGUCCAUUGGGGGAAGAAGAGUACGUUACUCUAUGUUCUGAGGUGAUCAGUGCCGGUACCGAUACGAGUACGACAACUGUUGAAUGGGCAAUGCUUAACUUGGUAAUGUACCAAGACAUCCAAGAGAAACUUUACCAAGAGAUUGUGGACUGUGUAGGGAAAGAUGGAGAUAUCAAAGAAGAAGACAUAGAGAAAAUGCCUUAUCUUGAAGCCGUCGUCAAAGAAACGCUCCGGCGACAUCCUCCGGGGCAUUUCUUACUAUCUCAUGCAGUUAUAAAAGACACCGAGCUAGGUGGCUACACAAUUCCAGCAGGGGUUCACGUUGAGUUCUACACAGCAUGGAUUACCGAGAAUCCGGAUAUAUGGUCGGAUCCAGGUAAGUUCCGACCCGAGAGGUUCUUGCAGGGUGACGGGGUCGGCGUGGACGUCACCGGGACUCGCGCGGUGAAGAUGGUGCCGUUCGGAGCAGGGAGACGGAUUUGCCCGGCUUGGAAUCUAGGGAUUUUGCACAUCAAUCUGUUGAUAGCAAAGAUGGUUCAAGCUUUUAAGUGGAUUCCGGUUCCGGAUGCUCCACCCGAUUUAACCGAGACUUAUUCUUUCACUGUUGUGAUGAAGAACCCUCUCAAGGCUGUGAUAUUGCCUCGGUAAGAAUUAAAAUUGAAACCCUAAUUAGACUAUAUAUAUAUAUAUAUAUAUAUAUAUACUUUACAUAUUUUACUUCAAUAAUACAUUUGGCAUGUUUUGUUUCUUUGUUUGAGUGCUUAAUUAUGUAUUUCAAGCAUUUAAUUUA